CGCAACGUGAAAACUGUUAGUGCAGCGACAGAGAAGCAAAGCUGGAGUUUGAGAGGAACGGGUGCGGUUGGGGAGAGCGAGAAGGCGCGCUCGGCGAUUUAAGAAAAAAAUGUCGCUUCAGGUGGUCACAGCAAAGAUGGCCGAAGUGGAAUUGAAGGAGGCAGUUGUGGCCUUGGAUAAGGUGAACGCUGAGAGGAAGAACGUUCAAACAAAAGACGGAGAGCCCACGGCGACGAGCUCAGCGGAGGAAAUCAAACAGCAUCAUUUGCCACCACUCAGCAACACCAUGCCGAAGGACUCGAAGUCGGCGAUGAAAUCCACUGAGGCCACACAGAACGGAGACACUUUCAACGCCGACGGCACCGUCAUGGAAGCCCCACGGACCGUGAAGAAGCAGAUCCAGUUUGCUGACCAGAAGCAAGAGUUCAACAAACGUCCAACAAAAAUUGGUCGUCGUUCACUUUCUCGAUCGAUCUCCCAAUCCUCCACGGACAGCUACAGCUCAGAACUGAUGGGUAUGUCUAAUCAAAAUAAUGCGGCAUCUUACACAGAUAGCUCAGAUGAUGAAACAUCACCACGUGACAAACAGCAGAAAAAUUCAAAGGGCAGCAGUGACUUCUGCAUCAAGAACAUCAAACAGGCAGACUUUGGGCGCAGGGAAAUCGAAAUUGCAGAACAAGAGAUGCCAGCACUCAUGGCUCUUCGAAAACGAGCACAGGGAGAAAAGCCGUUGGCUGGAGCAAAGAUAGUUGGCUGCACACAUAUUACAGCCCAGACUGCGGUUCUGAUGGAGACACUUGCUGCCCUUGGAGCCCAGUGUAGGUGGGCUGCAUGCAACAUAUAUUCCACCCAGAAUGAAGUGGCUGCUGCGUUGGCUGAGAAUGGUUAUCCAGUUUUUGCUUGGAAAGGAGAAUCCGAAGAUGAUUUCUGGUGGUGCAUUGAUCGCUGUGUAAAUGUAGAAGGGUGGCAGCCUAACAUGAUCCUAGAUGAUGGAGGAGAUCUCACUCACUGGAUUUACAAGAAGUAUCCUAAUAUGUUCAAGAAGAUAAAGGGCAUAGUGGAGGAAAGUGUGACUGGUGUUCACAGACUUUACCAGUUGUCUAAAGCUGGUAAGCUGUGUGUUCCAGCCAUGAAUGUAAACGACUCUGUAACCAAGCAGAAGUUUGAUAAUCUCUAUUGCUGUAGAGAGUCCAUACUCGAUGGCCUCAAGAGGACAACAGAUGUGAUGUUUGGAGGAAAACAAAUCGUUGUUUGCGGAUAUGGAGAGGUUGGAAAGGGCUGUUGUGCUGCUUUAAAGGCAAUGGGGUCGAUUGUCUAUGUCACUGAAAUUGAUCCAAUUUGUGCCCUGCAGGCCUGUAUGGAUGGAUUCAGACUCGUCAAAUUGAAUGAAGUCAUUAGGCAGGUGGAUGUUGUUAUUACUUGCACAGGUAACAAAAAUGUUGUAACCAGAGAGCAUCUGGAUCGCAUGAAGAAUGGCUGUAUCGUUUGCAACAUGGGACAUUCCAAUACUGAGAUUGAUGUGGCAAGCCUUCGAACACCAGAGCUCACAUGGGAGCGUGUUAGGUCACAAGUCGAUCAUGUCAUUUGGCCAGAUGGGAAGAGGAUUGUGUUGCUGGCUGAGGGACGACUGCUUAACUUGAGCUGCUCCACUGUCCCUACCUUCGUGCUGUCAAUUACUGCUACCACACAGGUAAGGGAUAACCGAAUAGUAUAGCAAUUUAUUGUCGUC